CUCUAAUUUUAAAGCCCAAUAGCCGCAAAUUCUCCAAGGCAAAACGUUGUCGUUUGGUUCAUUGUUCAAUUUCAAUUGCAAAAGUUCCCCGACUUUCCACACUGUCCAGGGAAGAGAGAGAACUAGAGGAAGGAAAGAUGGAGGAGGUGGAGAGCAGAGUCCUGAUAAUAGGAGCAAUGGGGAGAUUAGGUUACCAUUUAGCCAAAUUCAGCCUUGAAUAUUGUCACCCCACUUUUAUUCUCAUCAGAGACUCCUCUCCUACUGACCCCGAAAGAGCUCAAAAACUCCACUUUCUCUCCACUGUUGGUGCCAUUCCCCUCAAGGGUUCACUUGAAGAUGAGAAGAGUCUGGUGGAAGCAGUGAAGCAAGUGGAUGUUAUCAUCUGUUCAAUCCCUUCAAAACAGGUUCUUGAUCAGAAACUACUCAUCAAGGUUAUUAAAGAAUCUGGGUGCAUUAAGAAGUUCAUUCCAUCCGAAUUCGGUGUAGAUCCUGACAAAGUUCAGAUAUCUGUCCUGGAUCAUCAAUUCUACUCUCGAAAAGCUGAGAUUAGGCGUCUUAUAGAAGCUGCAGGCAUUCCUUAUACUUACAUUUGCUGCAACUUUUUUAUGAGUUAUUUACUUCCAUGGCUAGCUCAACCUGGCCUAAAGACUCCCCCCAGGGACAAGGUCACUAUUUUUGGAGAUGGAAAUACUAAAGCUGUCUUCAUGAAGGAUGUUGAUGUUGCUGCUUGCACCAUCAGUGCCAUUGACGAUCCUCGAACACUUAAUAAGACUUUGUAUCUGAGACCCCCAGGAAAUGUGUACUCCAUGAAUGAGCUGGUAGCAAUUUGGGAGAAUAAAAUUGAUAAGAAACUUGAGAAGAUUUAUGUACCAGAAGAGGAGCUUCUUAAGAAAAUCAAAGCUUGUGAAAUUGCAGAGACUCCAUAUCCAGACAACAUGGAGAUGAUUUUCAUAUAUUCUGCCUUCGUAAAGGGGGAUCAUACAUACUUUGAUAUCAAGUCUUCUGGAGUUGAUGGGACACAACUCUAUCCACACUUCAAAUUCACUACAGUCAGUGAUUAUUUAGACACCUUACUAUGAGAAUUAUUACUUACAAACCAACUUCUCUUUUUUUUUUUUUUAUGGUGAAAGGACUUUAAAAAGAGUUGUAGCUUUUGAUUUCUGGAAAAGAAUAAAGGCAAUGUCAAGGAAAUUUCUUGCAAUUUUUUUUAGGUUUAAAUUGUGCAAUUCAUCUCUAUACUUAUUUCAAAUGAUAGAUUUAAUCCUUACACAAUAACCUGUAAAAAACAAGUCCCUACUCUCUAAUGAAUGGUUGAAUCACAUUCAAUCCUUAAAGGGAUCAAAAUUUUGCCGUUAACUCAGAUGAUGUAUCCAUUAAUCACUCUUUCGCUUUCUUGAAAAACUGGUUUUGUUUUUAUCUUAAUUCCUUGAACCAUAGUCACUGUCCUUAGUCAUUUAUACAAUCAGUAUUACCUAACAAUCCAAUUUCAAGUUAUAGGUAGACAACAAACACAUGCAAACCUAACCCAACCGUGAGAAAAUCCUGACUUUGUUCAAACUUUGGAUGAAUGAUUCAUAGCAAAGAAGAGUAGAAAUGGAGAUAAAUGGUUUCAAACAAAAUUUAAUUGUUUAAUCUAUUAUUGAUAAUGAGGAAAAGGAAAUUAUGUGACAUGUGUAUAAA